UGUGUCUUUAAGGCUUCCAGACAGAUUAGCAUAAUAAUAGAUUCUAUUAUACUUAUUGCCAGUAACUACAAGACCUUUUGUUCCAACCAAAUAUGACAUCAAAUGCAUCAUGCUGUCACUCAAACUCAGGGGCGUGAACAAUUUCUAAACUAUAAAAGUGCCAGAGCUGUAGUCAUAAGAUUAUGACAUUUUACAGUUUACGUUUUACAAGAGUAGCAUCUAAUAUAACAACUAUUUAAAUUCUGUAGACAUUAGAGAAAUGCUGUAUUGAUGAACCCGACAGAGUUUAAUCAGUCUGAUCGCUGUGAUCAUUUCUCCUGUCCAGAGAGAUCUGUAUCUCCUGCAGUUUAUAUCUUACUGUACAUGUGUUCAGCUGCUGUGGUUCUGCUAACAAUGUGUGGAAAUCUGCUUGUCAUCAUCUCUGUUCUUCACUUCAAGCAGCUUCACACACCAACAAACAUGCUGCUGCUCUCACUGGCUGUGUCGGAUUUCCUCAUUGGAGCUUUAAUCAUGCCUCCAGUGUUCAUCUGGAUAGUGGAGUCAUGCUGGAUUUUAGGAUCAAGUUUCUGCAUGUAUGUUUCAUCAACUGCUGGGUUUCUUAUGGCUUUAUCCAUAUAUAAUGUUGUUCUGAUUGCUUUCGAUCGGUGUUUAGCUCUGUUGAACCCAUUUCUUUACCUGAACAAAGUCUCUGUGAGAAAAAUGUGUGUUGUAAUAUUUUGUAAUUGGUGUAUGGUUUUGGGGUAUGAUUUGGCACUUAUAUAUCUCAAUAGAAACUUAAUAAGACCUGAUAUGUGUCCUGGAGAAUGUUUUCUCAUUCUGGAUAAGGUUUUGUCCACAAUUGACCUUGUAGUAACAUUUAUAUUCCCACUUUCUCUCAUAAUCAUAUUGUAUACUCGAGUUUUUGUGAUUGCUAAGAAACAUGCCACUGCUAUCAGAGAUCUUAAUAAGCACACACGGCCUAAAACACAGAAAAUCACCUCACACUCCAUGAAAUCUGAGAGAAAAGCAGCUAAAGUCCUCGGUAUUUUAGUGUCUGUGUUUCUGGUGUGUUUACUUCCAUAUUUUAUUUACAGUUUAGUAGGUGAUGUUAUUGAACUACAGACAGAAACAAUUCAAAAAAUCACAAUUGUAUUUUGUCUUAAUUCCACCAUUAAUCCAGUUAUUUAUGCUCUGUUUUAUCUAUGGUUCAGAAGGUGUGUUAAAUUAAUCAUAACUCUGCAAAUUCUUCAGACAGACUCUGCAUUAAUCAAUGUUCUGUCAUGAAACGCCUUUUUUUCCUCCAUGAACACGUGUCCAAACGUUAAAUUUAAA